AGUCUCCUUCUGGGAAAACCAUCCCUAAACGACCGGCUCAGGAUAGAGAAAUGGAGCAGAAGCGUACCGAGCCUCCUCUGAAGCGACCUCCCGAAAUCCGCAGUAAUCCAGUCCUGGAAUCGAUUGCUUUGGUUGCGCCAGCUGUUUCUCACGAGCCGUUCCAAAUCGAUGUCCGACUCGGUCCGAAGAUCAAAAGCGCAAUGCAGAAGAAACCCGCGCUGAAACGCCUCUCCAAAUCGCCUCUGAAGAAAAAAGCAAGGACGAAGACAGUGGUCACGAAAAAAACUCCGACUGUCGAGCAGCCUCCGAUAAUCAAGACUGAGCCUGAAUGCAGCCAGAGGACAGAAGACGUCGACCGAGAGCAUCUGUUGGGCACGACAAUCGAUGUGGACGAUCAACUCGUUUCUCCUUUGAUGUCCGAUGGCCUGUGGGACAUCUUCGAAAUAGUCUCGAAGAGAUGUGCCACGAAUUACACUGUUGUGAGAAGCAUCAUCGGCAUGAUUGAUAAAGGAUUCACCCUCCCCUUCAUCUGUCGGUAUCGACGGGAUCAGUCCGGAGGUCUCUCGCCCGAGGUGAUCCAAUCGAUAAGAGAAGAAUACUCGACGCUGGUGGAGGUCCGGAAGAAAGCCAAAGCACUUGUUACGAAGCUUGGGAAUGAGGGCAACAACGACGAGGGCCUCAAACAGGCGAUUCUCUCGUCGAGGACGCUCGAAGAGUUGAAUACCAUCAUGGAGCCGAUGAAGCAGAAAGGCCGGAAAACCCACGCAGCCAGAGCGCGUAGCAUCGGCUUAGACGCAAUCGCCAUGCCGAUCUGGCGGGAGCAGAAAACACUCCGAGAUUUCUCAUUGGAAAAAUUCAUCGAUCCAUCCGUUCCGGGAAAAGCCGACAGUUCGGACUUACUGCAAUCGAUUCGUUACAUCCUCGCCGACGAACUCCGGAGGAGUCGCGCAGUGCUCGACCUAAUGGAAGAUAUCAGUCGUCAAGAAGCCGAGCUCCACGUCAAACAGAAGAAGCAAGCGAAGUCACAAAAAGUAUUCACCGGCAAAGAAUGCAGCGACAAUUUCCGUGACUACUUCGAUUUCGCGCGCAAGGUAUCGGCCAUGGAGAGUCACCAGAUUCUGGCGAUAAACCGCGGCGAGCAACAGGGUUUCCUGUCGGUCAACGUGCACCUGACGAUGGUCUGUGAGAAGCAUUUCAAAAAGUGCCUCGAAGAACAAUUCCAUGAACGCUGUCUUCUCGAUCCAGCCACGAGGAAGCUCAUCAGGGAUGCCGUCGACGACUCCUUCGAUCGACUAUGCAAACCCUACAUUUCUCGAGUCGCUCGAACGCAUCUGAAGGAUCGAGCUGAAAAAGAAGCUCUAACAGUUUUUUCAUGCAAUCUCCGAGCGCUACUCAUGACGCCGCCCGUGCGUGGCGAGUCGGUUCUCGGAAUUGAUCCGGGUUUCACAAAUGGCUGCAAACUGGCCGUAAUUUCCAAAAGCGGAGAUCUCCUCGAGAGCGCCAUGAUGUAUCUGAAAUCACGACCCGAACAGGUCUUGGUGAACUUGGUAUUGAAACACCGCUGUCACCUCAUCGCUGUGGGAGACGGCAAAGGUUGCAGAGAGGUCAAGCGUCUCAUCAGUUCCUGUAACGAGCGUAGGCUUUUUGGCGACCAGCCCGUCCGUUUCACGACCGUUCGGGAGGCUGGCGUGUCCAUAUACAGCGUGAGCAAAGCUGCCGAAGAAGAACUCCCCGGCUUAGACUGCUUCGUCAGAGGCGCAGUCGUUAUCGCUCGACGUCUUCAAGAUCCACUGGUCGAGUUUAUCAAGGUGGAGCCGAAGAACCUCGGCGUAGGCAUGUACCAGCACGAUAUCAACGAAUCCCGGCUGAAAGAAGCUCUGCAGAGUACGGUCGUCGAGUGCGUGAGCUAUGUUGGGGUGGAUGUAAACGUGUGUCCUGAGUUCCUGCUACGACAGGUCGCGGGUCUGAACGCCACCGCGGCCAAGAACAUCAUCGCCCACCGGAAACAGAACGGGCCCUUCAAUAAUCGAGAGCAGCUACAGCUGGUGCCGCACAUCGGCCCGAAAAGAUACGAGCAAUGUGCCGGUUUUGUGAAGAUCCUCCCAGAAACCCUGAAGCAAUGCCUCGACGACAGCCUCAUAGUAGUCAAAGUGAAAAAACCGAACGAAAAAGCGAUAUCAGAGGAGUUGGAGCCUCUCGAUUCGACUAUUAUCCAUCCUGAAUCGUACGAUCUAACGCGGAAGAUUAUCUCUCAUCUCGGGUUGGACGUGAGAUGCAUCGGAACUCAGAACUUCAUCGACCGGGUGAAGGAAAGAGCGAAAGCGGAUGAGCUCGUGAGAAUGUUCGACUCGACGCUCCUGACGGUCGAAUUAAUCCUCAAGGCGUUGAAAGUCAAAAGGAACUCGGACGUUAGAGAUGAGGGUUGUGCACCGAUUUUCAAUGCUGGAAACAUAAACAUGGCGAAUAUCCAAAUCGGCCAGAAGCUUUCGGGCCGUGUCGAGAACGUCGUGCCUUUCGGCGCAUUCGUCGACAUCGCGAUGGAUAAAGACGCUUUAAUCCAUAAUGGUCAGCUGGGCGCCGCUCGGGGGAUAAUUAAGUUAGGGGACAUCGUCGAAUGUCGAGUAAUCAAGAAGGACGCGGAGCGGCAACGGAUAUCUCUGGCGUUCGAGUCGUUCAGAUGAACUUGAACGAACGAGUGAGGGUCGCUCGAAUUCCUGAGACUCCUGCAUCGAGUCUC